CUGUGUCAUUCUGUCCUUCCCCCGUCGCUUAGUCUUCCCGUCCCUCUUCCCUCGGUGGCAGGAUUACAGUACCAGUGUCCUGCUGCUGGCGUGCCCUUGUCUGAGCUUUCUGCCUGACUUUUUUUCUCUGCUCAGCUCUUCUCUUUGCUCUGGUACCACACCAAGCAUGGAGAAUGACCAGUCUCCCACCUCGCCUGGGCAUGACGUACAGGGGCAGAGCGGGGAGAAAGCUGCCCCCAGCUCCCAGCCCCCUGCUCCAGCCCCCACGGAGCAGCCGAGCCCCCGGCCCGAAGCAGCCGUGUGCGACAUCUCGGAGGAGCUGAGCCGGCAGCUGGAAGACAUUAUUAAAACAUACGGGUCUGCCGUGAGCCUGAUGGAGAAGGAAAGUGCCGCUACGGGAGCCGACAGACCUGAAAAGGGAGAGCCGGGCAGCGUGGAGGAUGCGGAGUACGAGGAUGCAAAUGAGGAGAGUGAGAAAGAGAAGCUGGCUCCUGGGGAUGCUUCCAGAGCAAAGGAUCCCAGCUGCAGCAAGGAGCAAAAGCUGGAGAAGAAAAUCCUGAAAGGACUAGGCAAGGAAGCCACCCUACUGAUGCAAAGUUUGAACAAGCUGAAUACUCCAGAGGAGAAGCUGGACCUGUUAUUUAAGAAGUAUGCUGAGCUGCUCGAAGAACAUCGUGCCGAGCAGAAAAAGCUCAAGUACCUGCAGAAGAGGCAGGCCCAGAUCACCAAGGAGAAGGACCAGCUGCAGAGUGAGCACAGCCGAGCCAUCCUCGCUCGCAGCAAGCUCGAGAGCCUGUGCCGGGAGCUCCAGAGGCACAACAAAAACCUCAAGGAGGAGACAAUUCAGCGGGCACGGGAGGAAGAUGAGAAGAGGAAAGAAAUAACUAAUCAUUUCCAGGGCACGCUGAGUGAAAUCCAGGCACAGAUCGAGCAGCAAAGCGAGAGGAACAUGAAGCUCUGCCAGGAGAACACGGAGCUGGCGGAGAAGCUGAAAAGCAUCAUCGACCAGUACGAGCUGCGGGAAGAGCACCUUGAUAAAAUAUUUAAGCACAGAGAACUUCAACAGAAACUGGUGGAUGCCAAGUUGGAGCAGUCUCAGGAAAUGAUGAAGGAAGCUGAGGAGCGACAUCAGAAAGAAAAGGAAUACCUCCUGAACCAAGCUGCAGAAUGGAAGCUCCAGGCCAAAAUGUUAAAGGAACAAGAGACUGUCCUGCAGGCACAGAUCACUCUCUACUCCGAAAGGUUUGAAGAAUUUCAGAAAACAUUGACCAAAAGCAAUGAAGUGUUUGCCACGUUCAAACAGGAGAUGGAAAAAAUGACAAAGAAAAUGAAGAAGUUGGAAAAGGAUACUGCUACAUGGAAAUCCAGGUUUGAGAACUGUAACAGAGCGUUACUGGACAUGAUUGAAGAGAAAGCCAUGAGGUCCAAGGAAUAUGAGUGCUUUGUGCUGAAAAUCCAGAGGCUAGAGAACCUUUGCCGGGCUCUGCAGGAAGAGAGGAAUGAAUUGUACAAAAAAAUAAAGCAAGCACAAUUCCCUGAAGAGGUGAAUGGAAAUGGCAUCUUAGAAGAAGAAGAUGACACUGAUACCAGCCCUUCCUCCUCUGAGCAGUCAAGCAUUGACCUGCGCACUACUGAUGAGAGGAUGCUGAAGGAGCUGGCUGAAGCUUUCAGGGUAUCCCACAAGGCAGAGGAGUCCCUCCCAAGCAACAGCAGCAAUCCAGAGACCUGUGACGCUCAAACAUGUAGUGCCGUCCCGGUGCCAGAGCUCCCCUCCCCUCUCACCCCACGGUCAGAGGCUGGGAAUCACUGUGAGCAGCCCAGCACAAGCACACCAACACCCACUGAACACACGCCAGCACCCACUGGGAGCAUGCCAGCACCCACCGAAAAUAUGACAACGCCCACCGAGAACGUGCCAAAGCCCACCAAAAGCAUGGCCGCACUCCCAGAAAGGGUGCCAACACCCACAGAAAAUUCACCAAUACGUCCCGAGAGCAUGCCAGUACCCACUGGGAAUAUGCCAAAACCCAUUGAAAGCAUGCCAGCAACCCCAGAAAACGUGCCAGCACCCACACAAAACAUGCCCACUCCCCUUGGGAAUAUGCCAGUACCCACAAAAAGUCCACCAAAAGCUGCAGAAUGUGUGGGUGACCCAGCGGAGCGGUCUGUCCAAGGUCAAUCUGCAGAGCAAACAGGGGACACAGACAUGGAAGCAGUGGAUUGAAGACACUGGUGUGUCCAGGCUUGUCUUCCACAAACCACAGCUCUACUUUGUCCUCUAAAUUGAUACCUUUUUUUUUUUAAAGAAACAAAAAGUGGGUGCUAAAACACACUCACAUAUCUGUAGGUAAAUGUAAUACACUUCUCUUUGCUACCACUCUCUAGUAAUAAUGGGGCUGCAAAUUUUGCUGUCCUUCAUCUGCUUGAAGCAUAUUUUCUUAAUGACAGGAAAAUACAACAAAAUUACAGGAUCUUUUUUUCCCAGGCAUAAUGAGUCAUCUCAUUCAGCAAAAUAAUUUUAAAGUGUUGAAGUUUCAUGUUUCAAAAAUCAUUGCAAUUCACAUACAUAUAUUUAAAGACUCAUAAUUAAUUGUAUCUAUUUGUUAUGACGUUGCAUAAAAGAUGGCCUACAUGGACACAUAGUGCUUUUAAAAAAUGAGGUGAAUCUGUAAUUACAAAGUAAAAUAGUGAAACCAUCGAUGUGGUCAGCCAUAUCCAAGCAGAGGUGCAAUAACAAAAGGUGAAUUUUUGUACAAGUAAACUACCCCUCAGCACUGUGGCCUGAACACCCACAAGCUCUUAGCCUUACCUUGAAUUGGUCUUUUCUGCUUCGUGUUCCAAAAGAGGUUUUGUUUUCAACAGAACUGCAGGGCAGGGGAGAUCUUUUCUAGAUUCCUCAUAAAAUGAUUGAAAACAGCAGCAAUUUCCGAACUGAUGGCAAUUCCCAAGGUAGGGGUCACAACUCUCUUUCUGCAUCCAACAGAAACCUGCUAGUUUGCCAUGCUAUUUGGGAUCAGGAGCCAAACAGAGGGGCUGACAGCUGUUUCCAGCUCACAAAUGAGGUCGGAAAUUCAGCAGUUGGUUGCAGAUCCCAGUUUCUAGUCCAGGAGCAGAAAGCAGAGUGGAGCUACACUAGAAGGUAGCAGGAUGUAUUCCAGAAGAUACCCCUGAGAUCACGCUUCUGAAUGGUGCCAUCUCUCCCAGUCACAGCCACACGAACCUCUUCGCCACAGUUUCCUCCUGGCCCUGCCGCAUGUGCUGAUGCUCCCAGGAGAAGGGUGAGCACACUCGCCCGUCGCCCCGUUCAUUGGAGUGGAGCACAAGUAAAUAGCCCAGAUGCAAAUAGGUACCAGGAAAGCAGGAAUCCCUCUCACAGACACCUUCCAGGACUCACUACAUCCUCAUCCCCUCUCUUGCCUAACCAGCUUUUCUUGUCUGCCUGCCAACACACCGCUGCUUAAUAAUGUAGCCACCUUGUCAGAAACUGGUUGAUUCUGGCACCAAGAACAAAGAUGAAGAAGGAAGGGGGUGGGAGAGGGUACCUACCCAGACUGCUGUAUGGUCUCAAGCGAGGAGAUUAAGAAGGCUUUUUGGAAGAAGGUUAAAAAAAUCCUGUUGGCACAUUUCUUGUUUCUCAUGCCCUUCCUCCGAAUUCAGUCUAGGCCUUCUGGAAUCUGAGCUGGAUAGCUUAAGAAUUUGAAAUGGGCAAUUAAAGAAGAUGUCCAGAGGCUGGAAAGGGAAAUGUUACAAGCAAACCAACCCCUGUUUGUAGACGAAUCCCAAGAAGUACCUGAAGACAGAGUGACUUACUCAAGCCAGAGAUGAAAUCCAGGUGAACCAAGAGAAAAGACAGCAUCUUGGGCAGACUGUGGGAGACUGUGGUCACAGAGUCCUUCCAGCGCACCACGCUCCAGAAGUGGGGUUUGAAUAUUUGCUUACUGCCAACAUGGCCCGUACACGGGUUAAGUAUGUCUGUGUCUGCACUGCUUGCUCCAGCCUUUUCGAGAGCUAACCGUUGCAGCAUACAGAGUGUGAUUUGCAACAGUUUGUUUUGAUAUGGCCUUACGAGUAGCUAUUACAGCUACAGUUUUCAAAUGUGGAUCCCUUAUAUUAGAUACCAAGACUGACAGGAUUUAUUUCAUGUCUUUAAUCACCUGAAAGUAGAUCAUUCAGUCUUAGUUACCUUAAGCUCCUUUUACAAGCAGUAGAGAAGAAUAGGCAUCUUUCAAGGACAAGUCAUCUCAUGGUAAGACUGGCAUCCAAGAUAGAAGAAAUUACUUUCUCUCUGAAGAUGCCAUUUCUCUUCACUGAUUCUAGAGCCAGCCUAAGACAACUAGCUUAAAUUUAAAAUGUCUUAUUAGGUGUCUAAAUUAGGCAAGAUGAAUCCCAUCAAACGUUCAGAUUCCAAGCCCUAAGUGAAUGGCCAUCUCUGCAAACCAAGCCGGUUGUAUGCCUGUGAAAAUGUUAACCUAUAACAAAUCCUUAUCCUAAGAUAAAGAGUUAUACUCACCUGAUUUACUUUUUUUUAGUUUCCAUUGACUUAAGUCUGUAGAAACAUAGUUUCUAUUACAAGUAGAAGUUUUGUUUGUUGUUAGGGUGACUUUUAAAAUGAAUGCAAUUUAUAUACCUGCUAAUGUUUUUUUUUCUUUCUUAGUCUUGUUUGAUUCUGUUGCCAUUUUAGUAAUUACCUGCAUGAAACCAACUUCUUUUUCUUCAAGUAGGCCCUUAGAAUGCCUUUAAUUGUUGAAGUUUUCUUAUACAUUCAAAUAUUCAAUUACAUAAUAAUAAUGGUCGACAUGGCCUUGCAACUUUAACUGGUUCCAUUUUGCAUAAUCAUUAUGGUCACAUCUUUAAUUAUAUAAUUGUUGCCUCAUACCUUCCAACUCCAGCAAGCAGGGAGACAAGCAUCCUACAGAAAAAAACUUCCUACAUAGUCAUGAUUGAUUCUUACAGCAUCAUCCCUCAUGAAUAAUUACACAGCCUUCGGGAAAAUCACUCCCACUCUAUUACACCUUCCUCGUUUUGACCCUUUUAAUUCUUGCAUCUAAAAUGGCACUCACAUACUUGCAAUUCCUAUUACUCUGUGAGUUUCUACCCACAUACCUGUUGCUUCUCUUCUUCCAUACCAUCUACCAACUGCAUUUUAUCCCAGCAGUUUCCUCCUCAUUCUCAGUGCAUACAUACAACACUGAAAGCACAGGAGAGUGAUCCUGCCGGCUUUUAGUUCCAGGAUUUGGCCUCACGUGUUUGCAAGAGUUGGGAGAAAAAAAUUGCAGGGAAAAUUCUGGCUGAUCCCAGGCUGGAUAGAGCAUUUAGAGUCAAACUAUGGGGAUGGUUUAUGUGUAAUCUCCUGGCCUAUAGAGCUGUGGGAGACUGGAGUACCCUCAGUAGAGGCGGAAAAUCCAUAAAUUUUAACCAUGCACCUGUUCGUCAUCCCUUGCAUCAGACUGGCAGUUUAAACCACCAUCACCAUCACAGAUUUCUGUGUGUUAACCUACUUUCUCUCAUUCUUCUUCAACAUUAAUUGCUGGCCUCCUCUUGCUCUCUUCUUGUACUGGUACCUAAUACAAAACUGCCUCUGCAUGGCAGCAGUGUCCUUGUGAAAAGCAGUUGGGACUGCAGUCUGUACGUCAGCUCUGCUGCACUUCCCUCAGGUACCUCCACACUCAAGACACAGAAAUCCACUACGCUUCUGUGAUCAUUCGGAGGCAGUAAGUAGCAGUGAGACAUGUGUUCAUCCUUAUCAUCAUUGUCCUACUGAUACUGCCAGUCUCAUCAAUCCUGGUGUGUGCUGUGGUUGCUUCCUUCAGUCUUGCUUUUAUUUCACAGUUAUUCCCAUACCACCAGGCACAGAUUUUGGGGCGAGGAAAGGUGGUGAUGGUAGCUAUAUCCUCCUUACUAAAACCAUCCAUUGCUGCACUGCUUCCAAACCAGCCAAAGCCUUUAUUUGCAAAAGUUGCAAGGAAAGAACAAAAAUAUUUACCCUUUCUGCAUGUCUGACCUUUGUCACCUCAAAAAUUUAACAGCUCCCCUGCUGAAUAUGUAAAAUACAACAUUUUUCAAUAACCCUGAGUUUAUCCAAAUGUGAGGGAAUUUUCAUGAUGACAGCUAUAAUCACAUCCAUGAUGCUAACAUGACCCUCUCACCUAAUUUCUGAACCCCGUGGCAGACCACAGUAAUGAUAAAUCUUGUUGAUGAGUGAUUAGUAAGAAACAGCUGAUCUGUUUCAGCUUAACUUUUCCCACAAAACUGAACAGAAGUAGAUGCAGGCAUGGAAUAUACAAUCCAGAUGACAGAACUGCAGCAAUACUGCAAGUGACCCACAACAGGGACGUAUGGUAAAAUACAGUGAAACUUUCAUUAUAGGUUUCACUAUUAAUGUCAUCUUUAAAUUCACUUUCUCAAUCAGAUUGCAAUCAACCACAUAUGCAGUAGUCUCCGGAUUCACACUGCCCCUCUCUCUUUGCAAUGAACAUCAUUGUACUCAUCAGUAUUGAAUUUAGACUUUUCUUUUUACUUUAUUAGGAAAUAGCAGCAGGACUUGUUCCUCUCCCAGGCCCACACACUACCCCUGCACUGCCGUUCAUACUAACGUUCACCCAUGGCCUUUGCUGAGCCAAGGGGCAAGCAUAAGGAACGGAGAUAACCCUGCCCUAGAGUCAGCCUGCCCAGCAGUGCAGCACAUGCCAGCUGGAUGAGGGAGCUGGGAGGACAGGGAAGGGCAGACACAGAGAAAGGGUGUUUGCUGUGCUGGCGAGCUCCCCUUCCCCUGAAUUUUUUGCUCUAACAUGGUUCACUACUGUGCAAUGCUGGUUUUUCUACUUAGAAAAGACUUAUCACAUCCCUUUCAAAGAUGCAGGAGGAGACGAUGGUUGUGGCUGUGGCAGGACAGUGCUGGGCCAGCGCUCGGACCCCAAGGAAACACAGAAAUGUCAACAUCCACAAUCCCCACCGGCUCACAGCUUCCCAUGGCUGACAGCUCAGGUCACCCUGCAGCCCUGGCCGCUCAUCACACUUGACCCAACGCAGCGAGUCAAGUGGUAGUUGCUUGUGGACCACAGACAGCUGAACAAACCAUGGGCCAGCUCCCCCUCCGCCAGCACGGCGAGGAGUGGUGGAGGUUCUUACAUUUCGGUCCUGACCUUGGGAGAGGGGUGGCAAAGAAAGAUGCCAGAGUGUAUGCCAUUUGUGAGCAAUUUUCAACAUCAGCAAAGUAGCUUCCACACUCCUUCUUGUAUUUGGAGAUCAUCUGAAAGAAAGGGCACAUGAAGAGCCAAAAGAGGUAAUGGUUCAAUGAGCCCAGAAUAGUGUAUUUUACAAUAUCUAAAUCACAUGUGUAUGGUCAAGGGUCUAAAGGGAAUGCUCUUUGGUCUUUGCCCCUAUUCAAGGGAGCCACAUAAUGUAAACAUGCCCAGACAGAGCAACUGAAGUCAUGCAUCCAGGCUAGGGCAGUCCUGGAUUUACCCUGAGGAUGUGAUGAACGUGUGCACAUACGCCCAUUCGUGUUGCCUAAUGAGGCUUGUGCUCUGUGUCCCAUAAGGAAGUUCCAUAAGGAGGGAACAACCACAUCAUCCUCCCUCCCUGUCACAGCUGCUUGUGGCCCUGACUGGAAGACUGGGAAAAGCUUUACAUUUCCCUGUAUUUGGAUCCUAGCUUGCUUUUUUUUUUUUCCCCAUGCAUCUCUGAUUUGAUGUUACUUUCUCUGUUUAUCCCAUUGAAAAUAGUUAUAUGCUUAAAAGAAAAAAAGGGAGAGGCUAAAGUGCAAGUCUGUCUCUGACAAAGUUAGUAGGCUUCGGCUUCAAGGUGCAGAUGAAAUACUUGCAAUCCAGCCCGAGAGAAAGGCAGCCUUAGCAAAACUCUCUAUGCUCAGCACAAAAAAGGAUUCUAAAGUUGGGCUAAGAUGUUGCACCUUGUGGCCAUGAGCCAUGAGACAAAGAAGAGAUGAAGAAAAUAGCCCGUGUUCACUGAUCAAGCAAAUAAGUUCUGUAACACAACAGCAAUACACUGCAGAAAUACAGAGAGUUAGGGCAGAGGCUUUCACUAGGUACAAACCUUCAGAGCAGAAUCUAACCAUUAACUGUCUGGUAAUAGAAAGAAACCUUUUCAAUGACCAGUUUAUUCCCUAAUUGCUUAUUGUUUUGUACCUUGCCCUGAUAAUUCUGGUGCUGCCAUCAGCAGAAAAUAAAGGUCCAGCUCUUUGCAGGUAUAAAUCAGAGUAGCUCCUUUGGAGCCAGCUGAGCUCCACACAUUGAUGUCCAAUGAGAAUCCAAGGGGCUGAAUUACUGGGCCAUUAGCCAGUCCUCUGUUCCUAUGAAGUGAACAUUUUACCCAGCCGAUACUUCAGGGGCCCUGAGAGAGACAGAAUGGAUUUACUCAAUUAGAAUUUGGCCAACACAUUGCAUUUAAUGAAGCUACUUUUAGGAAAAGUGCCAAAAAAGCAAUCUUUAGUGACCACAAGUGGCCAUGGCCUCCACUUUGCAGCUCAUUCAAACACCAAGUGCUGCAGUGCUCCAGCUCACAUCCUCUCCUCAGAAAGGGUGAAAGGCAGAGCACCAUUUCUUCAACCACUUUACCUACUUCCUGCAGCUCUUUGCUCUUUCUCACACUUCUCCCACCCAAUGACGGGUCUAAACCUAUUCUGCUUGCUGCAGCUUGCUGGAUAGUCCUUGUUAAAAAUAGAACAAAAUAUGAUUAGAUUCAGGUUUCAUUUCACAUGAGAUCUAGGUCAGGGCUGACAAUAUCGUUUAAGCUGUUGCAACAGCUUUCUUGUCUCCACAACAGGGGAGGUCCUGCUCCUCUCACCAGCUUACGGCUCUGCAGACCCUCCUCUGCCCGCGCUCCAGCACUUGUCAGGCUCUCUCAUGAACUGAUCUAACUCACUAGCCCAACAGAAAAGUAAUCCAACUAAGGAGAAAAGGAUUUUUUUCCAGUAUGUUAGAGUGCCGAUGGUUAAAGUGGGAACAGUCCUUGUGGCUGCAGCAAGCUACUAGGUCAGCUCAGAUGUACCGAAAUCCUGCUCACUUACUACUUAAUUGCAGCGCUACCUGAAGUGUGAUCUUCCUAUUGCCACAGCCAGAGACAGAAUACAGGACCAGAUGGAUGACUGUUGUGAGCAGCAGGGUAUUUGUUAUUUUUUAAAGACUAGCUAACACCAAAGGAGUCCUCCUUGCCUCACUUCUGCUGGAUAUCAUAGCCUCCUCUCCUAUUUGGGUGCUGGCACCCCUCUGACCCAGCUGUGGGCUGGCUUGGGGUUUAACCUGACAGAAAACCAAUCUUGCAAAAGAAAAAAAAAUAUUUUUUUGCUGGUGUGGCUCCCAAAACUGGCUUACUACGGGGUUGGGGUGCUAGUGUUUCACUCAGUGCGGAAGCUGAGAGGAGCUGAAAGCUUUUGAGCAUCCACGUGCCCCUGCACAUCAGUAACACUCAGGCUGUGAAGAGCUCCUCUGGCAGAUCACUCUUAUUUCACAUCACUUCCAGUUUGCAAAGCUGGGCAGUUUUCUAGGCCAAAAAACUACCUUGAAUGGCAGGCUGUGGCAACAUGUGCCUUUGCAGCCCAGAGGGAAAAGGUGUGCUAUACGACACCAGGGACCCCUUAAAGAAAGGGUUAUGGUCUAGGCACCAGGGGACUGGAGAGAUCUCUGUGGUCCCAUCACCACGUGCCAGCUCAGUGAGGCGUGCUGUGGACACAGGGCCCGGUACUUUACCAAAAUAAAAGGGCUGGGAGAGCUGGGUGGUGCGACUCAGGCACACGGACCACACCAGACCUCACCCAGACAGGGAACCUUUCAAGGUCCCUCCUAGCUUUAUUGUUCCAUGAUUUACCAGGUGUCAGCAAUGUUAAAGUUGAGCACUAUGACGCUCAGUCCUCUUUUCAAUCCAUCCCUUUGGAGGGUAUUACUAAAAAAACAACAAAAAAAGCAACAGCUUUUUUAUAAUCAGCAUUUGCUGAGAUUCAUUGGUUUUCUGGAAUUUCUGUUUUCUCAGUUUAGGUGGUCCCAGUGCCCUAUGGUUAACACCAGAAAGCUUCAGCCUACAAACUGCCAGCUAGUUCAGUUUCUGAAAAUCAAAGUCGCAAGCUGAACACCUCCAGUGUCACCGCAACAGUACACAGAAAAAAACCUUGAGCAAGUCCCAAGGGGAGAGUCAAGUUGUGCUAGUCAUCAUGUUCCUCAGCUCUCUCUUCCCAGGUGUUUCCACCAGUUUCCACAGAAUUAAAAAUAAAAUGAUGGCUCUAGCAGUAACAUGACUUACAGCUUCUUCCCGUACCCCUGUUAAGGGCAUCGCUCCCACCCAUAUGCUGCACCUACUGCCCUCACCAGCGUGCUGCUGCAUGGCUACACUUGAACUGGGUCGCUCAAACGAUUCAGGUUAAAAAUACCCUACCACCACCACCAAGACGAGCUAAUUUUAACUCAGAUCAUUGCAGUGAUCCAGUUGGGGGGGGGGGGUUCACAGUAUCUCAUGAAACUAUGACCUGAAUUCUGGUCACAAUAACUGCUAAUUGAACUUCACCCGUCCUUUGCUUAUAAAGGAAUCCACACAUUUGGACGUUAACUCUGGAGCAUAAUGCUGUUCUCAGAGUUAAUGGUAGUCUUUCCAUUGACUAUUUUAGCAGAUAUCUCCUGGAGUGAAAACAGAAAUUGAAAAGUUGUAUUUUAAAUCUCAGUCUGACCCUCUACACAAAAGACGGGGAAGACACAAUAUCCAACACACAAUGAUAAUGACCAGCUGCAGCGUUUGGAACUGUGCGUUACAUCUUCUGCUCACAAAGAAAAUGAAAGCUCUCGCGCCUCUGUACGGACACCCUGGGUUCUCACACACGAGAACAGAUCAUGUGCCAGCAGCAAGGUGACUGCUCAGAUUUCAAGGAUCAUUUCUCUGCUCCCCGUCAUUCUGGUAGAUCCUAAUUGGCAAAUUCCUUCAGCAAUAUGAAUUCACUGAGUUUCUUUCUUUGUUUGGUUAUUGUAGUACAACAUGCUAUUAAAUAGACUACAGCA